AUGACGAGUAUGAAUAUGAAUAUUGAAGAGACGAGGAAUGUGUUGUCGCUGCUCAAGUCCGAUCUCCGGCCGAUCGAAGACGUUCUCGCGGAAUUCAACUCCAAGUUCCCACGCGCUCGUCACUUAGCUGUCUGCUACUCUCUUUCCCUGCUCUUACAGGCACGUGCGCUCGCCCUUCCUUUGAACUCCCCUCACGAUCUGAUGUUGCUACGGAGUACUGAGCGUAUAAUUGCGUUUGCUAUCAUGUACCAGUGUUAUUCUUCCAAGAAACCAUCUGUAAACCCGUUUUUAUCUGAAAUGGUGAAUGCUGCUUGUAAUGAGCAAGCGGAAAAGCACGAGAGAGCGUUUAUUCUUCACCUGUUACAAUGGCAUAGCUAUAACAACGCUAAAGAGAUUCUCAAACUGUCGGCUGCUGAUUAUAUCAAAUCGUUUGAUCCGUCAACUCAUGAUUUUCCGGAGCUAGGAGAGUUGCAACGAGAGUAUGGCGCCAAAGCUGAUCAUGGACCAGACUAUGCCCUCAAAAAGCUAGUGCCUGAUCCUGAUGUUCCUCGUGGGUGCGAUCCUAACUCUCCAGAGUUUGAUGUGCAACCUGGUGGGAAUUCCAAAAUUGGAUGUGGUGAUAGAGAUGAGGCCAUAACAGGAAUAUUGGGAAGUUUGACAACGGGAGGAUUAGCUCCUAGGUGGAUCCGUCCAUGUCCUCCGAGGUAUCCAGUUCAUCAGAGCGAGUUGCUUUGGAUUGAUCCUGAUAACAAGCAUGAGCUUAUUUGGGACGAUAAAAUGUGUGCUGACACUAGCAGAGGCGCGACAGUUAGGGACUUACUUGUUAAGGGUUUGAAGGUGACACUUACACCAACGGAGCAAGAGGACAUCACUACGUCAUUGGCAAAUGAUCCAAAACUUGUCUAUCACUGUGGAAUAACUCCACGGAAGCUGCCGCAAUUAAUAGAGCACAAUCCUCAAAUAGCAGUUGAGAUUCUGACCAAGUUGAUUAACUCCCCAGAGAUUGUUGACUAUUUCACAGCUCUUGUAAGUAUGGACAUGAGCUUGCACUCGAUGGAAGUUGUGAACAGGCUCACAACUGCAGUUAAGCUUCCCAAGGAAUUUAUACGCAUGUACAUCACUAACUGCAUAUCGUCUUGUGAGAACGCGAAGCAAGAUAAAUACAUGCAGAAUAGGCUUGUUCGACUUGUUUGCGUCUUCUUGCAAAGUUUAAUUCGUAACAACAUCAUCGACGUGAAGGAUCUAUUCAUAGAAGUUCAAGCUUUCUGCAUUGACUUUUCACGGAUUCGUGAAGCAGCUGGUCUCUUCAGACUCUUGAAAACAUUGGAAUGA